UGUGGACAUCAAGGUAGGCACCCGCCGUCGAUGCUUGAUGACGACGCUGGUAUAUUCUACCUAGGAAAUGACGAUGAUUAUUCCCAAGACAGACACAAAAUCGAUCUCAACAAACGGUCGUUUGGAAAAUUCGAAAGUAACUUCGAACUGGAAAGCAAAAAAGAGCAGCCACAGAAGCACAUUUCUGGCACUCGGGACGAGCUUGAAAUGAGGUCUCCUGAUAGUAUUCUUCUGACAAAUGAUGACGAAGAUUAUGAAACUGACAGAGCCUCGGAUAGUCAUCAUUUUUUCCCUUUAAAAAAUCUCCAAAAUCCUACUGACGUAUUGGAUGGUGUACUUUUAAAAGCCAGAAGGGCGUCACUUAACGUGAGUUUUCAAAGAACAUCGCUUCAUCGAAGCCAGACGUGUCCAACGAUAUCAACGUCCACAUUCGUACGACCACAAGUGGUAGCUCAAUGCCGGGCAGUUGACGACAGUCAUGCAUCAGUUGUACUUCCGACUGGCUUCAGCCAAAUGUGGUUUCGUGCUGUCUCUCAAACUUCUGUCAAAAAUUACGGCUCUUCUCAGGAAGCGAGGCGACAACGGUCCUACUCUUUCAGCCACGAGAAAGACGUACAUUAUCAACAGCAGCAACAACAACAGCAUUAUCUCCACCAGCAAAUGUUGCAACAGCAGCGGACCACGAUGGCUGGUAGGAGAAGUAUGCCGAAGCGGGACAGAUCAUACUCCGAGUCGGACGUGAGGUGGCUGCAACACAGAGAAAUGGGUCGCGAGCUGCGGCGUAUGAGUGAUGAAUUCGUAUAUGAGCGUUCGCGGAGACCCUUGAUGACCGUAAGAGAGGAGGACGAAGAUUCAUCUGUAGGCAGUCAUUAUUCAUCAUCAUAUCCUGAGACUGUUGGCACUCACCACUGGUUUUAGUGACUGUGAUUUCUUAAGUCCAGUGCAUUUCACUCUUCAGUUCCCCGCCUGAAAUUUAAAGAAAAGCAUUGGGCCAGAGGCAAUUUUACAGUUAGCGAACUUUUCUUUUUAACUUUAUUUUUUUGCCAAAUUGUUUUAUUUACUUAAUUUUAAAUUCACAAGCUUAUGACCAAAUCAUCUGAUAGCAAAUAAGUAAACAAAAAAGAAUAUUUUUAGAACUUCCGCAGCAAGAGAUACUAAAUAGUUUCUGAGACGUUGUGGCGGUAAUCAAAAAAAGAAAAGAACCACUAUGACUUAAAGUCUUCUUUAUUCUUCUUUGCUAUACAGUUCUCUUUUGGCCUGUAAAUACCCUAUGUUUAUAAAUAUUGUAAAGACACCAUGAUGGAGAGACUUCAGAUUCAAUGUUCCUUCGCACGUCUGACCAUCACUUGCUUUUCUUACAUAUAAACUACACAUAUAUGCUGUUAUAUGCUAAAAGUGAUGUUUCAGAAUUACUAAACGUAUUUUUAAGACAACAGCAGAUACGUAUAAUUUGACUUUGACUUUUGCAUUCCAAAAAUUUAAUAUUUUAAAAAUACUAAAUAUUUAAUAAAACACUACACGAAAGUAAUGAUGAUGAUGCAUAAUAUUAAUAGGCCUUUACAAUAUUGACAAUGUUAAUUUAAAUCGGUUAUUUAUGAUGUCUUUGAUCCUCUUUUUGCUUUUUUACUUUUCCUAUUUUGCUCGUCAAUAGUUUGAUAUCUUUAUAUAUACAUGCUUAUACUGUACAUCGAUAUCAAGCUUCUGAUUCACUGUCUUAAAACAUGACUUCUUCUAGCUCAUUUAGUCAUUGUACAAAGACAAAUCAAUUAAUUGAGCAUACGAUGUCUUGAAGGCGUAAUAUAAAUGGUCAUUUUAUUUGUUAGUUUUCAAUUAUCAACUUCGCGCAUCCAAUGCAGUUCUGUUUGCGCAUAUUCACGCAGCGUAGAGUUUUUGUUUUUAUAGUGGCCUUAUUACCCAGAUCAUGUAAAAAAAAAAAGUCUGUCUCCUAUACCUCCCAAAAUAUUUUCCUUACGGGUAAUCUGGAAGAAAGCUCAAUGAAUUUUCUUUAAUUGAGUAAAUGGGUAAUUCUUAACUGUACGUCCAAAUUGUGCCAAAUACAGAUCACUAUUUUAAAAUGCUUAUGUUGACUUAUCAUGUUAGUAAUUUGCUACAUCAAAUGAAACUGGCAAUAAACUAUUUGCACCUGAAUCAA